UGUCUCUAAGGAAGACAGGAAUUAUCAUGGGCAGAAAAGUGCUUUUGUUCCUAUUUGUGGGGGUCCUAGGUGCAUGGUACCUGUACACACCUCUACCAGUGAACAACGAACAGCCUUGGGAAUUAAUGUGCAUGGAUGUAGGUCUUAAGACUGUAUCAAAUUUGAUGCUAUUGGUUGAGCUAUUGGGAAUCAGCCACUUCAUGACCAGUAGCUUAUUCCUUAUGAGAUUUCUGGAGACCCCACCCACUUCUGAUGAAAAUGUUACUGUGGUGGACACCACUUUCCACAACAUCUCUGUGCGUGUCUAUGUGCCAAAGAGGAAGACCAAGACACUAAGAAGAGGCAUAUUUUAUAUUCAUGGUGGUGGUUUUUGUUUGGGAAGUGCUGCAUUGUAUGGGUAUGACCGUCUAUCAAGAUUGACAGCAAACAGACUGGAUGCUGUGGUCAUUUCCACCAACUACCGACUAGCUCCAAAACAUCACUUUCCAGCUCAUGUUGACGAUGUUUAUAACACACUAAGGUGGUUCUUGCGUCAAGCUGUUCUUCAGGAAUAUGGUGUGGACCCUAAAAGAAUUGGGGUAUCUGGAGACAGUUCCGGAGGGACCUUAGCGGCUGCAGUGGUUCAGCAGCUCACACAAGAUCAAGAUGUCAAAGUCAAAGUCAAGGUUCAGGCUUUGAUCUAUCCUGCUCUUCAGGGUCUGGAUUUCGAUUUACCAUCCUACCGUGAAAAAGCAAACUGUCCAAUUCUGAGCCGGUGGCUCACGCUCAGGUUCUGUAGUGAGUAUAUUACUACAGACAGAUCUCUGGAGAAAGCCAUGUCUACCAACCAGCACAUACCUGUGCAUGCAGCUCAUCUUUUCCAGUUUGUUAAUUGGAGCUCCCUGCUGCCUGAGCGCUUUCGGAAAGGACACAUUUAUAAGAAGCCGACUUUUGGCAGUUCUGCACUGGCAAACAAGUACCCAGGGCUCCUGGAUGUGCGGGCAUCCCCGCUGUUGGCCAACGAUACACAACUACGUGGCUUACCCAAGACCUAUGUGCUCACCUGUGAACAUGAUGUUCUAAGAGAUGAUGGUCUCAUGUACAUCACCCGUCUUCGGAAUGUUGGCAUUCUGGUGACUCAUGAUCACAUUGAAGAUGGAUUUCAUGGAUUGGUUUCUUUUGGACUAAAGUUUGGAGCUAGAGCAGAAAAUCAGUAUAUCAAGUGGCUAAGUGAAAAUCUCUAGUAAGAAUCUAAGAAGUGGUUGUGAUAAAUUGAAAUUGAUGUUU